GAUUUGGUGGCUCCUGAAAUAGCUCUUUUGUAUAACGGUGACGCAGUUGCUGUUCUGAUAGACGGAGAAGUGUACGCGCAUCGAAAAGAAGAACGUGUUGCUCGACAAUUUGGUAUCACUGAUCUUCGGCAUCCAACCAUAAAACAGAUUUUAGCAAGCGGAAAUUGGUUGCUUGGUGGUAAUUUGCAGGUGUUAAAAAAGAUUCGAUACAACGACGGUCUCGAUCGCUUCAGGCUAUCACCGCUAGAACUGCGAAAUGUUUUUGCAAAGGCCAACUGCGACGCUGUUUUUGCUUUUCAACUGCGAAAUCCAAUUCAUAAUGGACAUGCACUUCUAAUGCAGGAUACCAGAAGACAGUUGCUGCAAAAGUAUAAGAAUCCUAUGUUGCUGCUCCAUCCUUUAGGCGGCUGGACUAAGGUUGAAUUUUUAUUCUUUCCUUAUUUGUUAAGCACACAAAAUUGA